AUGGCAUCGUACUUCCUACCGUCCUUCUUGUCCGGCUGGGACCUUUCGACCGUCUCCGCAUUCUCCCUCUCAGCCGGUCUUCAAAAGAGGAUCCUAUCCUACCUCUUCAAGAGAACACUCGGACACCUUGUCGAUGGAGGUCAGCUCGAUCUUGCUCAAAUCGAUGCUGGUAUCGGCAGCGGUCGUAUCGAAGUUCGCAAUAUUCAACUUAACUCAGACGCCAUCAACAGCCGACUAUCUUCGCUGCCAGUCACAUUUGUCUCAGGUCAGAUCGGAAAGGUUCUCAUUCACUUGCCCGUGCCCAACCUCUGGAGCGGCGAGCUAUCAAUUACAAUAUCAGACAUCUCGGCCAUCAUCAAGGUCUCUCCUGAACCCACGCCUCAACAUUCAAACCCGACAGAUGAUCUCUCGGCAUCCUUUGCAAGCGCAGCUAGUCAGAUCUUCGUCGAGGACGAGGAAGCCAAGGAACUCGAGGAGUCCAUCCACGAAUCACUUGGUGCCGAAGAGCUUCCAGAAGCACAGCAGCAGGCCAAUGAAGAGCCUGGAUCUCUCAUAGCCACAUACGUGGAAGCUCUGUUGACGCGGCUGAGAGUCGCAAUCGAAAAUGUACACGUACAGCUCUUCUCCGACGCAGCUGGUCUCUCCGUCAAGUUGCGGAGCGUGGCUGUUCAAAGCUCGAACACACGUACCGAGGAGCAAGCUCAACAGCAACGCGAUUCAGGAAGCAGUCCACACAAAAGGCUCUUUAGCGCAACAGUACGAAAACUUGAGCUUCAGGGACUCGAAGUAUGGCUGGAAGACAAACGGGCCACCGCGGAACCUCACGCCUACUCCUCCUCUUCUUCCGAAGCAUCGACUGAUGGCGACGACUCCAUAGAGCAAAGAGGAAUCUCUCAAGACCUCGAGCAAUCAGUUGUAUCCUUGCAGGAGUCGUCAGCCAGUCUGUAUGCAAGUGCAAUUGCAGAGUCCGUCGACGAGAAAUCAUUCGACGAUCAGAAGACAGGUGCGCCGCGGCAUCCAAGUCCCCCGCCCGAGCAGCCACCAGCAAUCAAUACGAAUCAUCUUCUCUUGAGCUUCGGCCAGGAACCCGUCGUGGUGACAUUCAAGACCCUGAAAGAGCGUCAGCAGGUGCCGAGCUCGCAACAUGGUGCACGUCGCCCAGUCCAGCGACUCGUCAGCUUCAGCACCGAUAUUGAUGUACAGAUUGGCAAUGGCGGCACCGUCUUGUUCAUCGAUCACGCCAGCUUGCUCUUGAACUUAUCACGGAAACUUACCAACGGAAUUCCUCGCAAUGACAUUGUGGAAAGCUCAUCGGACAACAAAGCGCAGCCCGCUCCGCCAUUCAAACGCUCCUAUGCAAAGAGGAAGCUAGAACUGAGCUGCCACAUCAGCAGCUUCAACCUCAUCAUCGGCUAUGACGAUCCCAUGAUCGACAGCAAGACUUUAUCAUCGAUCGACGCUUUUUGGACUAAGCCUUCUCGAUCACAUCCGGACUUUGGCCACCUUCGAUUGCGCUGUGACAAGCUGAGUGCAGUGUAUCGCAGCUCUCCCGAUACUGAUGGCAGGAAGUCGACGCAGCCGAGCAUAACACUCACAGUUGAGGAUCUGAGCCUCUUUGAGUAUUUAUCUGCCAAUCUCUACGAGCAGUGUCCACCUGAUGCAUCCCGAGUCCUCCCUGUUUUGAUUUUGGACCCGAAUCUCAUCCAGUCCACUCGGCCGAACCUUGGAGCGACUAAGCAUUCUCGGCACGACUACGCAAGCAGUACUGUCGAUGUCUUCGACUGGCGCUUCAACGGUCCACAUCACGCACCUGUUCAACGGCCAUUCAAGCCAGGAGAGAGCAGCAAAGCUAUGGACAUGAGAGCUACGCGCUUCGGGUCGUCCGAGCGUCGACCCUCGUUCUCAUCCGGUCAGAGCCCUUACUAUCGAACUGCAUACGGUGAGCGCGGCUGGAAGCUCAAACCUCAGUCCAAGCCCCAGAAUGCGACGCAGUCCCACGAUGCUGAGAAUCUGCAACCCAACAUCACUGUAUCUGUCUCGUCGGCCAAGGAUGAAGGAUUGCAAGGUCGAGUCACAGUCGCAGUGGCGCCCAUACAUCUGUUUGUUGAUGUCUCUCUCGUCACGCGCCUCAUGCCUGCAUUGCGCAAAUUCGCAGCUGCUCAGCUCGCGGCUCUAAAGGAGAACGCACAAGCGAGCUAUGAGCUAUCUGGCUCUCUUGCAACCCUUGCCACCAGUGUGGCGACCAUUCAAGCAUCAGCUAGCGGUCUUCUUGACGACAUCGGCACGGACGUCAACACUCCGAACAACAAGAGCACGUUUCGAGUCGACCUGAAGAUUCACCUCGUCCGCCUAGAGAUCAGAACCCCCAGAGUGAGCUACGAUGCUGCAGCGUUGGUCGGAUGCGAUAUCACUUCAGCAAGAAGAGUCGGGCUGGACAGGCGAUCCGGCAUUCUCGUCCUCCAGGUGCAAGGGCUAGAUGUCCGUACGGGCAUUACAGAGCCCCUGCGACCGACAGGAGUAGUGCGUUUCGCUGAAUCCCGCGGAGCAGGCACACGUUCGCGAGUCACGGAAUCCAUUUUGACCUGCCAGGUCAGCGCGGAAAAGGUGUCUGCCUACUAUGCUCUACCAUCAGACUCACGAGCGUUGGUCUUGGCGUUGAUUGAGGGAGUCCACGACAACGAUGCCAUGCAAGGGCCCUUCCAAAGCUCGCCUACUACGUUGCUCCCGCAGAUUCGGCUGACUCGCUCUUCAGAGCCCAGACAUGAACUUGGCAGCGGCCCAUCGCCUGGUCUGCAGGCCAAAGAUCGAUGCAACAUUUCAAUACCGUCCGUCAAGGUAGAGCUAGGGAAGCAACAACUCGACUCGCUUCAGUACAUGGCUGACGACUUGACGCAGUCAGUCAAUCUUUGGAGCUCGGACGACCUGGAUGAUGCAGACAGUCUUGACACCGAAGGGCUCAAGAUCCUCGGAAGCCGCUUCUUUGGCAGCCGAGCCGGCAUGUCAAUCAUGUCUGCUAGUACAGACUCGACAGCGACUGCUCGAGCUAGCAGCAGGAGCUCGUCACUGCUAGUGACGGUCAUGCAGGCAUCCAUUCGCCUUUGGCUCCCAAGCUUGAAGGCGAAUGAGGAGGCAUCCAGCGGAGGCAGAGAAGCUAGCUCAAAGAGUCUUCUACUAUUGACCUCUGACUUCGAGCUGCUCUUCGACAGCGACAAGACCCGAAACAUUACGCGGAUCGAGGCGCGACUACCUCAAAUGCAAUUGAGCGUAGAAGCGGGAAGCACUUCUGACGCAACAACGAGCUCACUCUUGGCUUACAGAACUAUGGAAAGGAGCCUGGAUGAUCGCGAUCACCACGGGAUGUUGCUGCUGGUGCUCGAGGCGUAUGCCGACCCUGGCACUAGCUAUCGCGAGCAGAAUGUUGAUUUGACGCUUUGCUCGAUCACGCUUUCCCCAUCUUUCGACGAGGAGCUCAUUCCGCGUGUCAAGCGACUCUUCAAAGCGCCUGCCGGUGUCUUCGAGAACGUUGAGCCAAACGAGGUGACGCGAAUCAGCUUCAAGGCGAAGAACUGGUCCAUCUACGUAGCCCCUCCCGGCACCACCCAUCGAGGAUCUUUGGCAAUUGGCGAAGCCUCAGUGAAGACAAAAUUGACGUCGCAUGCUCCCAAGACAGCCAUCAAGCUGGCUAUAGGCGAUUUUGACCUGUACGUGAUCGGGUCCGAAGCUACAAACACUUCUGCGACUCCUUUGACGGCGCGCUCGGCAGCCGAGUAUUGGACCAAACGUGGGUUUGCUCGCAUUAUUCAUGUCCCUGAAGGCAAGGGCAGCAUCAACCUGAACACGCUCACGCGUCCGGAAGUGGACGUCAAGGUCACCAAGCUGCGUGCCAAGUUGCAGGCGACAGCUGAUACGCUGGAUGUCGUCACAAGUCUUGUCGGCGCGAUCACGGCCGGCCAGUCUCCGACCCAGAGCAACCCUGGAGCGGAGAACUGUUCGCUGAGUUCAUCUGGAGAAGCCGAUACUCGCUUCAGGCAAGACCUCGCAGCUUCGCAAGCGCCGUCAGUCACAGGUUCAGUGAAGGUGGACAACUCAGACCGAAUGGCAGAGCUGAUGUCAGGCAUCGAAGAUAACGCAUAUCGACUCGCAUCGCCGCUGCCCAUUACGGCCGACCUGGUGGACGAUGAUGUGCCUUCUGACGCUGCCUUUCUGGGCGCAAAGGGUCGAUACCAUCCGGAGAUCCUCGAGACAACGCUGGACUCUGAUGAGUUCUUUGGUGGCGAGUCUGUGGCGUCGUUAUCGCUGCUCGCUCCACGCACAGACACCGUCAUCUUUGCUGAUGAAGAUGUGACGGUGCGACUCCUCGACCCAAAAGGCAUCUGCCCUGUGCAGGAAUACUUCACAAACUCUGACCUGGAGCCACAAAAGGAGUCUGCUCUAGGUCCAACAGCAAGCUCGGUGCGAGUGCGGGUGAGCAACUUCGAUCUCUCAGUGCGCCUACACUCUGGCUACGACUGGGAAACCACACGUAAGGCUGUUCAGCAGGAAGCCAAGCUGGUCAGGAAGCGUUUACAAAAGAUUAAGCAGCUGCUAGCGGAGGGACAGGUCCCUGACGACAGCGUUGAGGCUGCCACAAGCAACCUUCUCGACUCGAUUCACAUCAGCCUGCCGCAGAAUCCUGACGAAAUGGAUGCCGACGCGAUGAUGCAAGCAGUUGAGGACGAGUUUGGUGAUCAUUUGGAUGCCGCAUCCACAGCUGACAGCAACGCGUCUGCAUCCUGGCAAGCACUGCCGACACUUCGAAGCGGGCAACCUGCAUCUCGCUCCGAGAAGACGAUGUCAGAGCACACAAAGUUACAUCGCUCAGCACGAUCUCUGAUCGACUUCAACUUCCGCGGACUCGAGGUGGAGUUUGACAGAGCUGACCCUCAACAACUGAGUCACGUCAUGUCUAGGAUUGCAGUCAAUGCUCGAAGGUUCGAGAUCAUCGACAAUAUCAAGACAUCGACAUGGCGUACCUUCUUGACCGAGAUGCAGGAUCGCAACACAGCCCUACGUCACGAUGUCGAGAACAAGAUGGUCAAAGUUGAGAUCCUCAAUGUUCGACCACAAGGGGAGGCGCUGGGUGAUGCCUCUCUGUCUGAGACGCCGGAGGUUCGUAUGCGCGCCAAGAUUUCGCCCCUUCGACUCCAUGUUGAUCAAGAUGCUCUCGACUUCCUCAAAAAAUUCUUCACCUUCAAGCCACCAGGUCAAAAGGCACCAGCGACGCCCACGCAGCAAUCGGGCCCAACGCUACCUUUUGUUCAAUUCGCCGAGGUGCUACCGAUCAAGAUCAAGUUGGACUACAAGCCGAAGCGGGUGGACUACAAUCUGCUUCGACAGGGCAAGACCAUCGAGCUAAUGAACUUCUUUCACUUUGAAGGUUCCGAGAUGGUGCUUCGUCACAUCACGCUGCGGGGCAUCAAUGGCUGGGCUAGGCUCUUUGACACACUCAAUGAUAUCUGGACGCCGGACGUCAAGGCGAAUCAGCUAGCCGACUUCCUAUCAGGCUUGGGUCCGAUUCGCAGCCUCGUCAAUGUCGGUGCAGGUCUAGCUAACUUGGUGCUGCUUCCCAUCGAGCAGUAUCACAAGGACGGUAGAGUAUUGCGUGGCAUGCAGAAAGGCGCUGCAAGCUUUGCCAAGAAUACAGCGUUGGAGGCAGUGAGGUUCGGAGCCCGACUCGCCACAGGAACGCAAGUGAUUCUGGAACAGGCGGAGCACAUCUUGGGCGGCGAGAUGCCAGCAGCAGUCACAGCUCGUGCCGUGGGACCGGAUAGCUCUUCCGAGAGCUACGAAUCGUUGAGCGAAAGCAUCAUGGUCUCUUCAGCUACAUCGGAGACUGGCGCAUCCUGGCUUCAGGACAAAGACGAGGGUUUGGUCAGUAAAUACGCCUCACAACCGGACAACAUGCGUGAUGCGCUUUCGCAAGCUUACUCCGGGUUGACAGAGGGGCUAACUUCGGCGGCACAGACGAUUUUGGCGAUUCCGAUGGAAGUUUAUGAACCUGAUGCAGGUGAAGGCAGUGGCACCGGUGGAAGUGCGGGAGGAGGAGGAGUGGGUAAGCCCGUGGUCAAAGCUGUACCAAUUGCUAUCUUGAGGAGCGCGAGGGGAGCUACGCAGGCCAUUGCAAAGACUAUGCAAGGUGUACAGGUCACGUUAGGAGACUUGGAGAACGUGAAAGAGGGGAAAUACAAGCAGCCGCACAGUCGGCAUCGAUGA